AUGGCCGAGUCCGGCGGCUCGAUCAUGAAUGGCAACGGCCACAUGAACGGCAAGUCGAAUGGAAAGCCUAUUGCUGGCCGCAGAAGACCAAUCAAGCAGAGAAGAAGUAUUUUGGCAUGGACUUUCAACGUCGUAGCUAGACUCGCGACAUGGGCUGCCAUCCUCACUGUCCUUUUCCGAUGCCCCUCAUCACUUGAGGAGUGUAACGAGACCUCUCCCUCUAUCUGCAAACCUUACUUCCAGAUCAAGAACACCGUGCAACCCCAAGUUCAACCGUACUACGACAAUUACGCAGCACCCUACGUCGAGCUCGCUCGUCCCUACUACGACACUGUUGAUAGCAAGGUUUGGCAGCCCACCCGUGCGUAUGCUGUUCAGUAUGGAGCUCCUUGGGUCGAGAAGGCGCGGGCGCACACUCUGGCUCAAUGGGAGAAGAACGGACAACCUCAGCUCGUCAAAUACCAGGCUCUUGCACGUACACAUUACGACCAGUCUGUUGGACCCCAUGUGAACAAAGCUGGCGAGAAGCUUGGUCCAUACUAUGACAUCGCCCGUACCAAUGGAUUGCAAGUCUACUACGAAUAUCUGCAGCCAGGCUAUGCCUACGUUCACCCGUACGCUGUUCGCGGUUACGAUGCAGCCUCCGACUUUACCAAGACCACUGCGCUUCCUACUGCUUACUGGACUUACAACAAGACUUACUCUUUCCUCGACAGCAAUGUCUGGCCCCACAUUCGAUCUGUCUAUGCUCAGAGCGUUGAGCCGCAACUUGUUCGCAUUGGUGAGCGCUUGGGACGUUACAAGAACAAGUCCAAGUCUACCCAGGAGAACUAUGCUGCAAGCUACGUGACAGGAACAACCGCUUCUUCUUUCCAGAAGCCUACUCAGAGCACCGCAUCUGUUGCUUCCGUCGAGCCUGUUAAAUCCUCAUCUCAAGCUCCGGUUGCCACAGAGAGCCCCGAACCUGUGGUCGAGCCUCCUUCCCAGGAGUACAUUAACCCCGUACAGGCCCCUCCUGCUACUGAGAAUGAGAGCGCGAAUCGACGCAAGGCCCGGGAGAUGGUGGCUCAGGACCUGGAAACUUGGCAAACAAAGUUUGCCACACAGGCCGAUGAAGGUGCUACCGAUUUGGAAGAGCGCGUUGGUGAAAUCGCCAAGCGUGUGAUUCAGGAAAAGGUCACCACUCGUGGCAAGCAGCUUUUCAACGACCUUGAAGCUACAAUUGAUAAGGAACUCAAGAGUCUGCGAAGCAAGAUCUCAACUCUCGCCGGAUCAAAGGGAGAAGGUGCAGAUGAAGAGAUCGUUUCCGCUGUGCGAGCUUCUGGUAAGACCAUCAAGCAGAAGGCACAAGCUAUUCGACAGUGGCGCCAAACAUAUGACAAGGAGCUCCAGGAAACUGUUGUCACUGUUGCCGAUGUCCACUUCCAAGUGCUGGAUGAGACUAGAAACCUCGCCCUGCAGCAGAUCGGUAUGAGGUGGGCAUGGACUGACGGAAUCACUUACAAGGACUGGGCUAAGUACCAUGAGCUCAAGGCUACUCUCAACGAGUGGACCGAGCAGCUCAAGCAAUUGGUUGUUACCCACCCUGGCCUUCUCGAGGCUCAGGAUGCCGCUGCACGAGUUGAAGACGAAGGCAUGGAAAUCGCCUCUGCCGCUGCCAAGGAAUUGGCUCGGCUUAAGGAAGUCGCUCGUUGGAAGGUCACUGCUGGAGACGCAUCAGACAACUUUGAUAGCGACGCCAUGAAGCUUGCUGCUGAGCAAGCUAUUGCAGCAAAGGAAGCUGACGAAAAGACCCCUGCCCAGGAAGAUAACGCUGCCUCUAGCGUCUUGGACGCCGUGGAAGAAGCUACCGCCGAGGCUGAAGAGGUCGUCGAGGAAAGCUGGGAGAGCUUUUGGGGCUCAUUGAAUGCUGAGCCCGUCAAGGAGGAUGCCACCCAAGUUGCCGAAGCUGCUAGCUCGAGCGCCUCGUCCAUCGUUGACGAACCUAACGUGAUCGAGAAGGCUACCGAGGCCGCAUCAAACAGUGCCGAAUCUAUCGCUAGCGGCGCCUCCAGUGUUGUUUCUGAGGGCGGGAAGAGCGCCAGCAGUGUCGCCCAAAAAGCCUCGGAGACCAUUGAGUCGCUGUCUUCAACAGCAUCCGAAUCCGCCACCGCCGUCAGCGAAGAAGCUUCAAGUGAACUCUCGGAAGUGAUUGAUUCAGCCACCAAUGUCGCAGAGUCAGAUGACAGCAGUAUGUCGAACCCCCUUGCCUCGCAAGCAACUGAAGCGCUUAUCGGUGACCCCUUUUCGAUAGUCAGCAAUGGUAGUGAAGAGCCCCUUGCGGCCGAUGGCAAGGAGCCACUCGUCGAGAUUGAGGAGGACCCUGUGAUGCAUCGAGACGAAACCCCUCUGUCUGACCAGUAUGAGCAUGUCAAGCCUGCUUUCCUCGGCGCUGCCGCUCAAGAGGUUCCUCACCGACAGAUUGUCCUCGACGACUACGUCGAUACAGAUGCGAUUGCCAGCGCUACCGACGCUGCUCAGUCUGUGUACUCAAACGCUGUGUCUCGUGCGUCUGAACAAUACUCGAGCGCCCUCUCUGUCGUCUCUGCUCAAAUUUAUGGAACCCCCAAGCCAGUUCAUGAGCAGCUCCUCUCUUCUGUCUCGGACUCUUAUGACAAGGCAGUCUCUGCUGCUGGCGAUCAAUUCGACAAGGCCAAGUCUGCCGCUACAACCGCUGCUUCGCAAUUGCCUGCCACCACUACUGUUCCCACCUGGCUCGACUGGGAGCGCAUUGAGUCUAUUGCAUCCCAGAGACUGAACGAAGGACGUCUUUGGGCUGAGGUUCAGUACCAGAGUGCUCUCAUCGCUGCAGGACUUGCUACACCCACUCCUUCUUCAGCUCCUGAUAAGUACCUCCAGCAGGCUAAACUCAACUAUUUCGCUGGCCUUGGUAUGGCCCAGGACCGAUACUCUAGCUUCCUGGCCGGUGCAUCCUCUGCUCUCUCUUCUUUGACUGCCACCCCUACUCCCACCGACCUUGCUGGAUCUGCCUCUUCCGCUGCUUCUGUGGCUCGUGAGUCGGCUGCUUCAGCUGCUCAAGCUGCUGCCGAUGCGGCUGGAUCUGCCUAUUCGGCUGCUGAUGACACUGUCAAGUCUGUAGUCAAGGCUGUGGAUGAUACCGUUUCUUCUGUCGUCGAUGCUGCCAAUGAGCAAAUCUCCAGCGCUGGUCUGGCUAUUGGUGACUCUUGGAACAGUGUUAUUGAGCAAAUCAGUGGCCAGGUCUAUGGCGAGCCAACACAAAUUGCCUGGUACGAGCACGUCUGGGGUGAUGCUGGUUCCUACGCUUCCAAGGCUACCGACGCUGCUUCUGAUAAGGCUUCUCUUGCCUCUGAAGCAGCUGCGGCAUCAGCCAUCACCGCCUCCGCCGAGGCCAUGAAGCAGUACGAGGCAGUAAGCGGUCUUGUCUCUGAGCUCAUCAGUGGCAAGGAGCCUUCUUUCACUGACAGCGUUCUGUCUCGAUUCCAAGCAGCUUACGCUACCGCCGCUGCCAAUGCCGAAAGCCUCAGGAGCCAAGCCAACGAAGCUGCCUCAUCUGUUGGCGACCGGGUUGGCAGCGCAGCUAGCGGUGCUACCGAAGCCGUCAAGGAGAACUUCCAGCGAGGCAAGGAUGAACUGUAA